AGAUCUAACUAUUGGAGAUUUGAUCACCACUGGACACGAGUGAGACUUUUAGUUCCGACACCACAGGUAGUGGGACUGAGAAGUUCACAACCGGAUGGAUUAUUAUCUAUAAAGACUUAUCAUAGUUCAUCAUUGAUGUGGAAGGACAGAGGUGUGUUUAAAGAGCUCAUACUUUGAUCAAACAUGCAACAACUCUCAGAAUUCACGGACAAGAUUCUCCGCCGGAGUCCCCCGGGGCGGAGUUCCCCUGCUUUGAGGGACAGGCCACUGACCCCAGCGAUUCCUUCAAUCAUCACCACAGGGCCUGACAAGAGGGCAGAUACUGAGCCUGAUAAAUCGCAACAGAGCUCCUGCUUUAGUUUUCCAAGUCCACGGGGCACCCCUAGGGGAGGUUCCCCAGUAAAUGGAUCCCGACCCUCUUCGCGGAAUUCUUCAAUUGGAUUGGGACAACGGGGGUCGGGGAGCUCGGACCUUCUGAACAUGGACUUGGCCUGUCUCUCAAGGCCGAGUUCACCUUUUGGGACAUUAUCUCGAUUAAGUGUCAGGAGCGCCUUGUCCAGAGCGUCGCAACACAGUGGUUGUAAUCUCAACGGCCAGAUCUCGACCGACUCCAGGUCACCGACUUCCAAAUUCUGCUGCUUCUCCGAAACUUUUAAAAAGUCGAUAGCGGGAAUUAUCUUCAUGCUCCUGAUUGCAUUCGCAUGGGUGACAACGACAGAAUGUGCAUACAGCGCCCUCACGACGGACAAAAAUACAUUUUCGCCAUUUUUUAUAAACUAUUUCUGUACGACUUGGCUGUUGCUGUUUUAUCCGUUGUAUUUACUCGGAACAGCGAUAUUCACCAGGGGGCAGUUCUCACCCCGAGAGACGUUCCAAGAUAACGUCCUCAUCUUCGGCAUCAACGAUUUAAAAACUCGUCUCAUGAGGGCGCUACUUCUGCUUACCAUAUUUUGUCUUCUCUGGAAUCUAACGAACUACAUCUAUUUACGGACAAUAAUGCCAUUAGUGUCCGUCAACGUAGUGGCGUUAUUCGCGUGCAAUCCGAGUUUCGUGUAUCUUCUAUCGUGGAUUGUCCUGCAUAAGAAAUUCUUAGCCGUAAGGGUGAUAUCAGUAAUCUUCUCCAUGACCGCGGUCAUUCUGAUGGCGUACGUCAACGGCUAUGGCGACGAUUCCCUGAUGUGGUGGGUCAUCCUGGCCGUCUUCUCCCCAGCGGGAUCUGCUGUGUAUCGGGUUGUGUUUAAGCGGAUGGUUGGUGACGCUGAUUACGGCCAGGUGUCACUGUUCCUUUCAUGUCUUGCCAUUUUCAAUCUGUUGACGAUGUGGCCCAUUUUCCUCGUAUUGUACUUAACGGGGGCAGAGCCGAUCGCUUGGGACACGAUAUCCUGGAAAUUUGUCACUGGGGCUGCCGGAUCAGCACUAGUAUUCCAGAUUCUGUCUAACUUUGGCAUGACUGUCACGUAUCACUUAUUUAUCGAGUCUGGUAUGAUCAUUGGGAUUCCAUUAUGUGCAGCUUACGACAUCUUAGUCCACAAAUACAUCAUCAAAGAGAUGAACAUUGCGGCGUAUAUCUUGAUCGUUCUCGGCUUCUUGCUGUUACUUCUUCCCGAGAACUGGGAUCGCGCCAUGCUGAAACUCAUCCACUGGAAAAAGGUGGACAGUGAGUCGGGCGUACAACAACGGGCAAUUAGCCCGAUGCCAAGGUCAAGGUUAAAGAGUAUGACGACUACGUGAAAAUAUUGACUUGUUGCUUCGUGAAAUUUCUGUGAUGGAGUUUUGACCUGUGGCAUCUCCCUUAGUGGACACCUCUAUAUUAAAGACAAUGGGCAAUAUGCCUUAUGCCAAGAUCAAGGUGAUAACGUGAAUGGUUGAUUUGUUGGUUUGUGACAUUUCUGUCAUGAAGGAUACACCUGAUAUGGACAGUGGAACCUGACCCUUUGCACCUAUGUAUUAUUAAGACCUUCUCUAAUAAAAAAUAUCAAAUAUGAAUAUGACAAAAGCUAUUUUUAUGAA